UGCAGCAGGUGUGCACCCUAAGCAGGAGCCGCCCCUGCCCGGCGCGCCCUCGCUCAGCCAUGCGGGCUCCCGAAGCACCUCUCGCCGGCAUUUCGCGGCUGCUGCUUCUACUCCUCCUCCAGAUGUCUGCCGCUUCUGCCUUUGGGUUCGCCCUCCCUGCGCCCAGGAAUGAGACUUGUCUCGGGGAGAGCUGUUUGGCGAGACUGAUCCAGCGCCGCAGCCGAGGCACUUGGGGACCGGCAAAUUCUGCUGGAGGCGUUCUCCGAGCCCGCGCGCCCAGGGAGGAGCAGGAGGCAGCUCUGCGCUCUGCGCCCUCCUGGGACUUGCCAGACACCUCGAGCGGUGACCCAGGUGCUGGCAGAGGGGCAGAGGUGUCCACCGCUGGGCCCUCGGGACCUCCGAGCAGGCCGCCUGGCGCCUGGAAACGGAAAGGUGUCCGGAUUCAGGAUGUGUCUAGCACUUUGAGGAGGGGGGGUCCUACGGCCCUCCAGCUCUUCCUCCAGACCUCAGAGGAAGAAGAGAAGGGUCCUGGGGGCGCUGUCAGACGCAGUCAGGAGCGCAGUGUGAAAAAGGAACCCGUAGCCAGCGAUCUCUACUGGCCUAGGAGAGCUGCUGGCCAUCUCCAGGAUUCCCACCAUAAGCCCCCACUCAAGUCGGCCAAUGGGCUGGCAGGGAGCGAAGGGCGGACAUUUGCACCCCCAGGCAGGGCACUGGCCCAGAAUGGGUCUUCAGGAGAAGGGAUCCACGAGCGCGGGGGUCCCCACCGGGGAAACAGCACGAACCGGCGAGUGAGGCUAAAGAACCCCUUCUACCCGCUGACCCAGGAAUCCUAUGGAGCCUACGCGGUCAUGUGUUUGUCCGUGGUGAUAUUCGGCACCGGCAUCAUUGGCAACCUGGCGGUCAUGUGCAUUGUAUGUCACAACUACUACAUGAGGAGCAUCUCCAACUCUCUCCUGGCCAACUUGGCCUUCUGGGACUUCCUCAUUAUUUUCUUCUGCCUUCCGCUCGUCAUCUUCCACGAGCUCACCAAAAAGUGGCUGCUGGAGGACUUCUCCUGCAAGAUCGUGCCCUACAUCGAGGUCGCCUCGCUCGGAGUCACCACCUUCACCUUGUGCGCUCUGUGUAUUGACCGCUUCCGGGCUGCCACCAACGUGCAGAUGUACUAUGAAAUGAUUGAAAACUGUUCCUCCACCACUGCCAAGCUUGCUGUGAUAUGGGUGGGCGCUCUGCUGUUGGCACUUCCAGAAGUUGUUCUGCGCCAGCUGAGCAAGGAGGAUUUGGGGUUUAGUGGCCGAGCACCUGCAGAACGGUGCAUCAUAAAGAUCUCUCCCGAUCUGCCCGACACCGUCUACGUCUUAGCUCUCACCUAUGACAGUGCGAGACUCUGGUGGUACUUCGGCUGUUACUUCUGCUUGCCUACGCUUUUCACCAUCACCUGCUCGUUAGUGACUGCGAGGAAAAUCCGCAAAGCCGAGAAGGCCUGCACCCGAGGGAAUAAGCGGCAGAUUCAGCUAGAGAGCCAGAUGAAUUGUACAGUUGUGGCACUGACCAUUUUAUACGGAUUCUGCAUCAUUCCGGAAAACAUCUGCAAUAUCGUCACCGCCUACAUGGCUACAGGGGUUUCCCAGCAAACAAUGGACCUGCUUAAUAUCAUCAGUCAAUUCCUUCUGUUCUUCAAGUCCUGUGUCACACCAGUCCUUCUUUUCUGCCUCUGCAAACCCUUCAGUAGAGCCUUCUUGGAGUGCUGCUGCUGUUGCUGCGAGGAAUGCAUUCAGAAGUCUUCCACGGUGACCAGUGACGACAAUGACAAUGAGUACACCACUGAACUCGAACUCUCGCCUUUCAGCACCAUCCGCCGGGAGAUGUCCACGUUUGCUUCUGUUGGAACUCAUUGCUGAAGCAGUCUCUGGUUGGAUCAGAUGGGUUUAAUGUUUUGCUUUUUCAUAUCUUGUGAAAGUUUUUAAUUCCUACUUUUUCUUACAGGGAAAAAUGCAAAAAGAAAAUACGCAUUAACAGCUAUAGAACUGAUUUUACAAAUUAAUACUUGUGCUUUGAAAACAAUGUUUAUAUUUAGUUAUUUAAGCAGGACAAAGAGAUCAGCAGUUUAGGAUCCUUUAUCUGGUAUGGUGCUAAUAUUUUAUUUGGAAAAAAGCUACUGCACCUUAACUUAAUUGCUAAAUUUCUUUCUUUGUUUUUAAAAAAUAUAUAAUUAUUGUGUAUUGAUUCUAGCCAUGUAGCUUUGUAAGUUAUUUUACAUUUGAAUUGUGAUUGACCAUAUGUUGUCCAUGGAAUUGUGAGAUGAUUUGUACCUAGAAGCUUUCACCAAGUAGCACCAAAUAAAAGACUCUUUA